AUGCCCCAGGAAUACCUCCGCCGCCCAACCGCCCCAGCCGAGCACUGGCCAGAGCCAAACACCCACAUCCUAGGCGGACGAGACCUUGCGCGCAAAACACAGGGCACAUGGAUGGGAGUCACAACAAGCGGCAAAGUCGCCGUGCUAACGAACUACCGCGAGAAGACCACCGACGCCGCAACGGGGCAGCAAUCCCGCGGCGCAAUCACGAAUAGCUGGCUUGCGAGGGCUACGAAGACGGGCGAAGACCCAACGAGAACGUACGUCGAGGAGAUGGUCGCCAGCCCGACGGCCCGCAAUGUCGGCGGGUUCAGCCUUGUUUGCGGAUACGUGAAUGAGCCGCUGGCGAUAGUAUCGAAUCGGUCGAGUGCUAUGGAUCAGAUUACGUGGAUUGCUGGGGAGACGGGGCAGACGAAGGGGCUGAGUAAUACUGUUUUUGAUGAUCGGAGUUGGCCGAAGAUUUUGGAUGGGGAGAGGCUUGUUGAUGAGGCGCUUGAGAGGCAUGUUGGGGAGGGGGAGGGGGAGGAGGAGCUGAUUGAGAGGUUGCUGGGGGUGUUGAAUACGGAUUCCCUACCGCAAUUGGGUGAUGAUGCGACGGCGGAGGACUAUCUUCCUUAUUUCAGGCGGAGCAUCUUCAUUCCGCUUAUUGGGACGGGGGACAAGACGAAAUCGGACGCUCCUGCAGUAGCUGCGGAUAUUGUGCCACCGGAGUCGACACGGACGGCUUGUGUUGAUGGUUAUGCCCAUGCCCAUGGACAGAGCAACGGAACGGACCCAGAGCCAGUACCCGUCAAGAAGGACGCCGGAGAUGGACACGAUCUGCUCGACAAGUCGUUUCUGCACGGGCCAUACGGGACACAGAAGCAAACAGUCAUCCUCGUCAAGAAGGAUGGCCGAGUACGAUACUUCGAACGGACGCUCUACGACGGAGAGGCGAAAGCUGUCCCCGUCGGCCAGGGAGACAGAUCCUUCGAGUUCCAGGUGACGCGAUGA